GGCUGCUUCCGUCAAUAACAACAACGCCUUGGAGACUGGGGUCAGGCUAGAGGACCUUAGGGACAGAAGAAGGCAGGGAGGAGGAGGAAGACCUUGCCUGGACGGGGCUGGCAGAGGCCUCUCUUCGAGGUAAUAAAACAUAAAUGUCUGCGCAAACAGCAGGGUUCAUUUAAAGAAGAGGUAUAUAAAAGCCCAGUACAAGAACAUAGCCACAAGUGGCAUUGAACGCCCGUCCUUAAAGGAAACCAUGCCUUUUUUGGGCCAGGACUGGCGGUCUCCAGGAUGGAGGUGGAUUAAAACAGAAGAUGGUUGGAAGCGAUGUGAGCCUUGUGGCUCAGAACUUGAGGAGGAGAACAAUCGGCUUAACGACAUCAGUCAUGCUGUCAUCUUGGAUAAUGAUGAAGAAAUAUAUAAUGCUGACUGUGAAUUUACAACCAAGAAAAGGAAAAAGGAUCACUUUAGAAGCAAUGCAAAAUCUCAGUAUUUCUAUGGUGAGAAAUGGAUAUAUGUCCAUAAAGAAAGUACCAAAGAAAGGCAUGGCUAUUGCACUUUAGGAGAAGCUUUCAAUCGCUUAGACUUUUCAAGUGCAAUUCAGGACAUCAGAAGAUUCAAUUACGUGGUUAAACUUUUGCAAUUAAUAGCCAAAUCCCAGUUGACUUCAUUGAGUGGUGCAGCUCAAAAGAACUAUUUCAACAUCUUGGACAAAAUUGUUCAAAAAGUUCUAGAAGACCAGUACAACCCACGUCUCAUCAAAGACCUCCUUCAGGACCUGAGUUCUACACUCUGCGUGUUGAUAAGAGGUGUAGGGAAGUCUGUGCUGGUAGGAAACAUCAAUAUUUGGAUUUCCCGAUUGGAAACUAUCCUUUUGUGGCAGCAGCAGCUCAGUAAUCUUCAGAUGACCAAGCAGGUCAACAAUGGACUUACACUCAGUGAUCUUCCUUUGCACAUGCUGAACAACAUUUUAUAUAGAUUUUCAGAUGGUUGGGACAUUAUUACUUUGGGCCAAGUGACUCCCACUUUGUAUAUGCUCAGUGAAGACAGACAGUUGUGGAAAAAACUCUGCCAGUACCAUUUUGCAGAAAAGCAGUUCUGUAGGCAUCUUAUUCUGUCAGAAAAAGGUCAUAUUGACUGGAAGCUGAUGUACUUCGCACUUCAGAAAUGUUAUCCUAUAAAGGAGCAGUAUGGAGACACCUUACAUUUUUGUCGGCACUGCAGCAUUCUUUUCUGGAAGGACUACCAUCUUGCUUUGUUACUAAAGGAUACAGGACAUCCCUGCACAGCCAAUGAUCCCAACAGCUGUUUCAUGCCAGUAUCUCCUCAGCACUUCAUAGACCUCUUCAAAUUUUAAGUGUAAUCCAUUUUUUUUGUUUGUUCUUCACUUUCUCUCCUUUUUUUUGCAUUGUCAUGCACUUAUAUGUAUACUGCUUCUUGUGCAAUAUUUCUGUGAGUGUGCUUUGUAGUUAAAAAGGGACAUAAUGGGAUCAAGAGGAGAGAAAGAAUAUUGACAAGAGCAUCACAUUAAGAAGUUAAGUUUGUAGGAAGAAAACUGAAGGAAAAUUCUGUUUGCAAGGAAAGAUAUAACAUGGAGGGGGUGAUCUCAACAGAAUGGAUAAUUGAGGUUUGUCAAGCUUUGGAACUUUUAUCAAGUGAUUUAUGAAUGAUUUGUCAUCUUGUUAGGGGCUGUCAUGGAUUUUGAGUUAGGAGAAGUCGGCUGUUCAUUUAGGAGACCAAAAAUGGAUUGAGUCCUUGUCUUUUUGCUUCCUUUUUCAAAUGUAUGCAGUUGGCACGUCUUAUAAAUAUUCAGAGGAUACUUUUUGGGCUUCUUUGUACAUAUUGUGUUGGCUGUGAGUGUUGCACGUUGGUAAAACAUAGUUGUGCAGACCUGUUGUGCAUCCUCUAAUGAAAGAAGCCAACUCCAUUUUGUAAAUACCUUUUGCAGAUUAUUUAUUUUCUUACAAUCUAUUUUGUUAAUUAUGUCACACCUAUCUAAUUGUAUCCUAAAAAAAAUGUGAGCUGCUGGUUGUGGCUGCUGAAGUGCGAUGGAGUUUUCAGAUGGUCAUCCCAUGGAUUUAUAUGGUGUGUGUGUGUAUCCUCUGAGUGAUCUGCUGUUAGUCUUCACUGCCACCAGGCUCCUAAAAAUAUCUUACUGAGCUUUAACAGAGAAAAUAAGAAGCAUAUUGCAAGAUUCUUACUGCAAAGUCCUACAUGGUACUGGUUAAGUUUCUGCUACAGGAACUCUUAGUUCACUUUGGAGGAGAUUAAAUUGGACUGAAGCGGCAAGAACUAUCUUGGAAGCUGCUGUUUUGUUGUGCAAAUUUGCAGAAGAGGAAUAAAGCAAGUAAGUGUACGGCAAACUCAGAAUGAUUGGUAGUGUGUUCUUGAUGUCUUAAACCAUAUUUUCAAUGUAAUAUUGUAUACAGAUUAAUACAGACCUUACAUUGUAUACCGCAGUGUGUUUUGAAUCUAGUUUUGAAUCUAGUUUUGUAUACAAAUAAAUCAUGUUUUUGCCUUUUAA